AUGCGGCUCGACAUCAAGAGGCAACUCUUUGCCCGCUCCGAACGGGUGAAGGGUAUCGACUUCCACCCCACUGAGCCAUGGAUUCUCACCACAUUGUACAGCGGUCACGUUUACAUCUGGUCAUAUGAGACACAGUCUAUUAUCAAAACCUUCGAGCUCACCGAUGUUCCCGUCCGUGCCGGGCGAUUCAUUGCGCGAAAGAACUGGAUCGUUUGCGGUUCGGAUGACUUCCAGCUUCGUGUCUACAACUACAAUACCUCCGAGAAGAUCACCUCCUUUGAAGCACACCCGGAUUAUAUCCGUUCCAUUGUUGUCCACCCAACUUUGCCUUACAUCCUCACCGCCAGUGAUGACAUGACCAUCAAGCUGUGGGACUGGGAGAAGGGCUGGAAAUGCGUUCAGGUCUUCGAGGGCCAUAGCCACUAUGUGAUGGGAAUGGCGAUUAAUCCCAAAGACACCAAUACCUUCGCAAGUUCUUGUCUCGAUCGGACUGUCAAGAUUUGGAGUCUUGGUUCUCCCCACGCAAACUCGACUCUCGAGGCCCACGAAACAAAGGGUGUCAACCAUGUUGACUAUUACCCUGGAGCCGACAAGCCCUAUCUUUUGACGACCAGUGACGACAAGACGAUCAAAGUCUGGGAUUAUACUACAAAAGCGCUUGUUGCAACACUGGAGGGCCACACUAGCAAUGUCUCCUUCGCGUGCUACCACCCUGAGUUACCGGUCAUUAUUUCAGGCUCAGAAGAUGGAACCAUUAAAAUCUGGCAUGCAAACACCUACCGCCUGGAACAGUCACUAAGCUAUGGCUUAGAGCGCGCAUGGUGUGUCGCCUACCAGAGAGGCCGACAGGGCGUCGCAAUGGGUUUCGACGAUGGUGCGGUGGUUGUGAAGAUGGGUCGCGAAGAGCCCGCAGUUUCAAUGGAUGGAUCUGGCAAGCUCAUCUGGGCCAGACACAGUGAGGUGGUCUCAUCGGUCAUCAAGGGCAGCGAAGCGAGCCUGAAGGAUGGUGAGCCCCUUUCAUUGCCGGCAAAGGAUCUGGGGACCUGCGAGAUAUACCCGCAAACCUUGACCCAUUCUCCAAAUGGACGUUUUGUCUCCGUUUGUGGCGAUGGCGAAUACAUAAUUUACACAGCGCUAGCGUGGCGCAAUAAGGCCUUUGGCCAAGCUUUGGAUUUCGCCUGGGGCUCCAAAGAUAACAGUAACGAUUACGCUAUUCGUGAAUCCGCAACAAGUGUCAAGAUCUUCAAGAACUUCAAGGAACAAAGCGGUGGCCUUGAUGUUGGCUUCCAAGCUGAGGGACUGACUGAUGGUGUGUUGUUGGGUGUCAAGGGUCAGGGUGGCAUUGGUCUUUUCGAUUGGGAAUCCGGUAGCUUGGUCCGACGAAUUGAAGUUGACCCUAAGAAUGUCUAUUGGUCCGAGUCUGGCGAACUUGUUACACUCGCAUGUGAAGACUCUUUCUACGUUUUGAGAUACUCCAAGGAGGCGUUCAUCGAAGGCGUCAACAACGGAGAAGCCGACGAAGAUGGUGUGGAGGCAGCUGUUGAGCUCGUCGCAUCUAUUAAUGAAACGAUAACAAGUGCCUGCUGGGUGGGAGACGUUCUCAUAUUUUCCAGCUCCACCAACCGGUUGAACUACCUUGUGGGUGAUCAGGUCAUUUCGAUCAGCCACAUGGAUCAACCGGCCUAUGUUCUUGGAUAUUUGCCUCGUGAUGGACGAAUCUACCUAUGCGAUAAGGACGUUAAUGUCGUCUCAUUUGGCCUCUCACUCAGCAUGGUCAGCUACCAGACCGUCGUUCUGCGCGGUGAUAUGGAAACAGCUGCCGAACUCCUUGAAGAUGUGCCUCAGGAUCAAAUGAACAAGGUUGCGCGCUUCCUCGAAGGCCAAGGGUAUAAGGAGAUGGCCCUUGAAGUCGCCACAGACCCCGAGCACCGCUUCGACUUGGCCCUCUCACUGAAUGAUCUUGAAACCGCCCUCCAGAUUACUCGCGAUGCAAAGGUUGAGAACAGCCACCGGUGGAAGCUCCUUGGCGAUAAAUCUAUGGAAUCUUGGAACCUUGCACUUGCCGAGGAGUGUUUUGUCAACUCGAAAGAUUUGGGAUCUCUUCUAUUGCUACACACCGCUAGCAAUAACCGGGCAGGCCUCCGUGCCUUAGUUGCUCAGGCUUCCGAGUCAGGAUUACACAAUGUUGCCUUCUCUGCUCUCUGGUCACUUGGUGAUAUUGAUGGUGGCAUAGAACUGCUGGUCCAGACAAACCGUAUUGCCGAGGCCGUCUUCUUUGCCCAGACUUACAAGCCUAGCCGUGCACCUGCCCUUGUUGUACAGUGGAAGGAAUCCCUCGACACCUCGGGCAAAUCUAAGGUUGCUCGUCUGAUUGGAGUUCCACCGGGUGCUCCCAAUGUUGUCUCGACAGACGAUGACCUUUUCCCAGAGUGGGAUGAGUACAUUAGACUCGAGAAUGAGGGCGUUCCCGAGCCCCCGUCGUCCGAAUCCCUGAUUGACGUACAUGCGGACGAUGAUAACGAGCCUGCAAGUGCAACAAACGGUGGUCCUGAGGUGGAAGCUGAAGCCGAAGUCGAACCAGAAGCCGAAGAGGAGGCCGAAGAGGAGGCCGAAGAAGAUGCUGAAGAAGAGACUGAGGCUGAGGCCGAGGAGUAA